AGACGGCGGCGGCGCCCGUGGGAUGCGGGGAUCGCGCCCCCGGGGCCGCUGAGCCUGAGCCCAGUGCCCCAAGCCCGUGCCGAGCCGAGUCCGCGCCGAGCCGCAGCCGCCCACCGCGGGGCCGGGCCGGGGGACCAGCAGCUUCCCCCAGGCAGCCUGAGGACAGCCUGUGCCCCAGAAGCAGGAUGAGAAGAUGGCAAACUUCCUGUUACCUCGGGGCACCAGCAGCUUCCGCAGGUUCACCCGGGAGUCCCUGGCGGCCAUCGAGAAACGCAUGGCGGAGAAGCAAGCCCGCAGCUCGGCCACCUCGCAGGAGAGCCGGGAGGGGUUGCCCGAGGAAGAGGCUCCUCGGCCCCAGCUGGACCUGCAGGCCUCCAAAAAGUUGCCAGAUCUCUAUGGCAACCCACCCCGAGAGCUCAUUGGGGAGCCCCUGGAGGACCUGGACCCCUUCUAUAGCACCCAAAAGACCUUCAUCGUGCUGAAUAAGGGCAAGACCAUCUUCCGGUUCAGUGCCACCAACGCCUUGUAUGUCCUCAGCCCCUUCCACCCUGUCCGCAGAGCAGCAGUGAAGAUUCUGGUUCAUUCGCUCUUCAGCAUGCUCAUCAUGUGCACCAUCCUGACCAACUGCGUGUUCAUGGCCCAGCACGACCCUCCGCCUUGGACCAAGUAUGUCGAGUACACCUUUACUGCCAUCUACACCUUUGAGUCUCUGGUCAAGAUUCUGGCUCGAGGCUUCUGUUUGCACGCGUUCACCUUCCUUCGGGACCCAUGGAACUGGCUGGACUUCAGUGUGAUUGUCAUGGCAUAUACAACUGAAUUUGUGGACCUGGGCAAUGUCUCAGCCUUACGCACCUUCCGAGUCCUCCGGGCCCUGAAAACUAUAUCAGUCAUUUCAGGCCUGAAGACCAUCGUGGGGGCCCUGAUCCAGUCCGUGAAGAAGCUGGCUGACGUGAUGGUCCUCACGGUCUUCUGCCUCAGCGUCUUUGCCCUCAUCGGCCUCCAGCUCUUCAUGGGCAACCUGAGGCACAAGUGUGUGCGCAACUUCACGGAGCUCAACGGCACCAACGGCUCCGUGGAGGCCGAUGGCCUGGUCUGGGACUCGCUGGACCUCUACCUCAAUGAUCCAGAAAACUACCUGAUCAAGAAUGGCACCUCUGACGUGUUACUGUGCGGGAACAGCUCAGACGCCGGGACAUGUCCCGAGGGCUACCGGUGCCUAAAGGCAGGCGAGAAUCCUGACCACGGCUACACCAGCUUCGACUCCUUCGCCUGGGCCUUCCUUGCACUCUUCCGCCUGAUGACGCAGGACUGCUGGGAGCGCCUCUACCAGCAGACCCUGAGGUCCGCGGGGAAGAUCUACAUGAUCUUCUUCAUGCUUGUCAUCUUCCUGGGCUCCUUCUACCUGGUGAACCUGAUUCUGGCCGUGGUCGCCAUGGCCUAUGAGGAGCAAAACCAAGCCACCAUUGCAGAGACGGAAGAGAAGGAAAAGCGCUUCCAGGAGGCCAUGGAGAUGCUCAAGAAAGAGCAUGAGGCCCUCACCAUCAGGGGUGUGGACACUGUGUCCCGUAGCUCCUUGGAGAUGUCCCCUUUGGCCCCAGUAACCAACCACGAGAGAAGGAGCAAGAGGAGAAAACGAAUGUCUUCGGGGACGGAGGAGUGUGGGGAUGACAGGUUCCCCAAAUCUGACUCGGAAGAUGGUCCCAGAGUAAUGAAUCGCCUCAGCCUCACCCACGGCCUCAGCAGGACGUCUGUGAAGCCUCGCUCCAGCCGCGGGAGCAUCUUCACCUUUCGCCGGCGAGACUUGGGCUCCGAGACGGAUUUUGCAGAUGACGAGAACAGCACGGCAGGGGACAGCGAGAGCCACCGCACAUCACUCCUGGUGCCCUGGCCCCUGCGCAGGCCCAGUGCCCAGGGACAGCCCAGUCCUGGGGCGGCGGCUCCUGGCCAUGUCCUCAAUGGCAAAAGAAACAGCACUGUGGACUGCAACGGGGUGGUCUCCUUGCUGGGGGCAGGUGACCCAGAGGCCACAUCGCCAGGGAGCCGCCUGCUUCGCCCUAUGAUGCUGGAGCGCCCCCCAGACACGACCACACCAUCGGAGGACCCAGGUGGACCCCAGAUGCUGACCCCCCAGGCUCCAUGUGUGGAUGGCUUUGAGGAGCCAGGAGCACGGCAGCGGGCCCUCAGUGCUGUCAGUAUCCUCACCAGCGCACUGGAAGAGUUGGAGGAGUCUCACCGCAAGUGUCCACCCUGCUGGAACCGCUUUGCCCAGCGCUACCUGAUCUGGGAGUGCUGCCCGCUGUGGAUGUCCAUCAAGCAGAAAGUGAAGUUCGUGGUCAUGGACCCGUUCGCCGACCUCACCAUCACCAUGUGCAUCGUGCUCAACACGCUCUUCAUGGCGCUGGAGCACUACAACAUGACCACCGAAUUUGAGGAGAUGCUGCAGGUCGGAAACCUGGUCUUCACCGGAAUCUUCACAGCAGAGAUGACCUUCAAGAUCAUUGCCCUCGAUCCCUACUACUACUUCCAGCAGGGCUGGAACAUCUUCGACAGCAUCAUCGUCAUCCUCAGCCUCAUGGAGCUGGGCUUGAGCCGCAUGGGCAACCUGUCGGUGCUGCGCUCCUUUCGCCUGCUGCGGGUCUUCAAGCUGGCCAAAUCAUGGCCCACCCUGAACACGCUCAUCAAGAUCAUUGGGAACUCGGUGGGGGCGCUGGGGAACCUGACGUUGGUGCUGGCCAUCAUCGUGUUCAUCUUUGCCGUGGUGGGCAUGCAGCUCUUUGGCAAGAACUACUCCGAGCUGAGGCACCGCAUCAGUGACUCCGGCCUGCUGCCCCGCUGGCAUAUGAUGGACUUCUUCCACGCCUUCCUUAUUAUCUUCCGCAUCCUCUGUGGCGAGUGGAUUGAAACUAUGUGGGACUGCAUGGAGGUGUCUGGGCAGUCAUUGUGCUUGCUGGUCUUCUUGCUUGUUAUGGUCAUUGGCAACCUUGUGGUCCUGAACCUCUUCCUGGCCUUGCUGCUCAGCUCCUUCAGUGCAGACAACCUCACGGCCCCGGAUGAGGAUGGGGAGAUGAACAACCUCCAGCUGGCCCUGGCCCGCAUCCAGCGGGGCCUGCGCUUUGUCAAGAGGACCACCUGGGACUUCUGCUGCGGACUCCUGCGGCGGCGACCUAAGAAGCCUGCAGCUCUUGCCUCGCAUGGCCAGCUGCCCAGCUGCAUUGCCAACCCCAGCUCCCCACCACCCCCAGAGACGGACAAGGCACCUCCAGCCCGUAAGGAAACAAGGUUUGAGGAAGACGAGCGUCCAGGCCAGGGCCCCCCCGGGGAUCCAGAGCCCGUGUGUGUGCCCAUUGCCGUGGCUGAAUCAGACACGGAUGACCAGGACGAGGAUGAGGAGAACAGCCAGGGAACGGAGGAAGAAUCCAGCAAGCAGCAGGAAUCCCAGCCUGUGUCCAGUGGCCCAGAGUCCCACCCAGAGCCCAGGGCCUGGAGCCAGGUGUCCGAGACAGCCUCCUCCUCCGAGGCUGAGGCCAGCGCAUCUCAGGCAGACUGGCGGCAACAGCAGAAAGCAGAGCCCCGGGCCCCAGGGUGCAGUGAGACCCAUGAGGACAGUUACUCUGAGGGGAGCACAGCAGACAUGACCAACACGGCUGACCUCCUAGAGCAGAUCCCUGACUUGGGUGAGGACGUCAAGGAUCCGGAAGACUGCUUCACUGAAGGCUGCGUCCGGCGCUGUCCCUGCUGCGCAGUGGACACCACACAGGCCCCAGGCAAGGUCUGGUGGCGACUGCGCAAGACCUGCUACCGCAUCGUGGAGCACAGCUGGUUCGAGACAUUCAUCAUCUUCAUGAUCCUGCUCAGCAGUGGAGCUCUGGCCUUUGAGGACAUCUACCUGGAGGAGCGGAAGACCAUCAAGGUUCUGCUGGAGUACGCUGACAAGAUGUUCACCUACGUGUUCGUGCUGGAGAUGCUGCUCAAGUGGGUGGCCUACGGCUUCAAGAAGUACUUCACCAACGCCUGGUGCUGGCUGGACUUCCUCAUUGUGGAUGUCUCACUGGUCAGCCUGGUGGCCAACACCCUGGGCUUUGCCGAGAUGGGUCCCAUCAAGUCACUGCGGACGUUGCGUGCACUCCGUCCCCUGAGAGCCCUGUCACGAUUUGAGGGCAUGAGGGUGGUGGUCAAUGCCCUGGUGGGCGCCAUCCCAUCCAUCAUGAAUGUCCUCCUGGUCUGCCUCAUCUUCUGGCUCAUCUUCAGCAUCAUGGGCGUGAACCUCUUCGCGGGGAAGUUUGGGAGGUGCAUCAAUCAGACCGAGGGGGACCUGCCUUUGAACUACACCAUCGUGAACAACAAGAGCGAGUGUGAGUCCUUCAACGUGACUGGUGAACUGUACUGGACCAAGGUGAAAGUCAACUUUGACAACGUGGGGGCCGGGUACCUGGCCCUUCUGCAGGUGGCAACAUUUAAAGGCUGGAUGGACAUUAUGUAUGCAGCUGUGGAUUCCAGAGGGUAUGAGGAGCAGCCGCAGUGGGAGUACAACCUCUACAUGUACAUCUACUUUGUCGUCUUCAUCAUCUUUGGGUCUUUCUUCACCCUGAACCUCUUCAUCGGUGUCAUCAUCGACAACUUCAACCAGCAGAAGAAAAAGUUAGGGGGCCAGGACAUCUUCAUGACAGAGGAACAGAAGAAAUACUACAAUGCCAUGAAGAAGCUGGGCUCCAAGAAGCCCCAGAAGCCCAUCCCACGGCCUGUGAACAAGUACCAGGGCUUCAUCUUCGACAUUGUGACCAAGCAGGCCUUUGACGUCACCAUCAUGUUUCUCAUCUGCUUGAACAUGGUGACCAUGAUGGUGGAGACCGAUGACCAAAGCCCUGAGAAGGUCAACAUCUUGGCCAAGAUCAACCUGCUCUUCGUGGCCAUCUUCACAGGCGAGUGUAUUGUCAAGAUGGCUGCCCUGCGCCACUAUUACUUCACCAACAGCUGGAACAUCUUCGACUUCGUGGUUGUCAUCCUCUCCAUCGUGGGUACCGUGCUCUCAGACAUCAUCCAGAAGUACUUCUUCUCCCCCACGCUCUUCCGAGUCAUCCGCCUGGCCCGAAUCGGCCGCAUCCUCAGACUGAUCCGAGGGGCCAAGGGGAUCCGCACGCUGCUCUUUGCCCUCAUGAUGUCCCUGCCUGCCCUCUUCAACAUCGGGCUGCUGCUCUUCCUCGUCAUGUUCAUCUACUCCAUCUUCGGCAUGGCCAACUUCGCUUACGUCAAGUGGGAGGCCGGGAUCGAUGACAUGUUCAACUUCCAGACCUUCGCCAACAGCAUGCUGUGCCUCUUCCAGAUCACCACGUCAGCCGGCUGGGAUGGCCUCCUCAGCCCCAUCCUCAACACAGGCCCCCCCUACUGCGACCCCAAUCUGCCCAACAGCAAUGGCUCCCGGGGGAACUGUGGGAGCCCAGCCGUGGGCAUCCUCUUCUUCACCACCUACAUCAUCAUCUCCUUCCUCAUCGUGGUCAACAUGUACAUCGCCAUCAUCCUGGAGAACUUUAGCGUGGCCACAGAGGAGAGCACAGAGCCCUUGAGUGAGGACGAUUUUGACAUGUUCUAUGAGAUCUGGGAGAAAUUCGACCCCGAGGCCACCCAGUUCAUUGAGUAUUCAGCCCUGUCCGACUUUGCCGAUGCCCUCUCUGAGCCGCUCCGAAUCGCCAAGCCCAACCAGAUAAGCCUCAUCAACAUGGACCUGCCCAUGGUGAGCGGGGACCGGAUCCACUGCAUGGACAUCCUCUUUGCCUUCACCAAGAGGGUCCUUGGAGAGUCUGGGGAGAUGGAUGCCCUGAAGAUCCAGAUGGAGGAGAAGUUCAUGGCGGCCAACCCAUCUAAGAUCUCCUAUGAGCCCAUCACCACCACACUCCGGCGCAAGCACGAGGAGGUGUCGGCCACGGUCAUCCAGCGGGCCUUCCGGAGGCACUUGCUGCAGCGCUCCGUGAAGCACGCCUCCUUCCUCUUCCGCCAGCGGGUGGGCAGCAGUGGUCUCUCCGAAGAGGAUGCCCCUGAGCGAGAGGGUCUCAUCGCCUACAUGAUGAAUGAGAAUUUCUCCCAGCGUGGUGGCCCACCCUCCAGCUCCUCCAUCUCCUCCACGUCCUUCCCACCCUCCUAUGACAGUGUCACCAGGGCCACUAGCGAUAACCUCCAGCUGCGGGUAUCUGACUACAGCCACAGCGAAGAUCUCGCAGACUUCCCCCCAUCCCCGGACAGGGACCGCGAGUCAAUAGUGUGAGCCUAGCCCCAGCUGGCCAGGACACACCCUGUUGUAUCAGGACACACCUGAAUACGCUCAAAAUCAGCAUCUGCUGGGGCCUUCCCGGCUUUGAGUUUGGGGGUGAGCAGCAGGUCUCAGCCCCGUGGAUCCACAAGGCAGAGUUCUGUGGCAACUGUGUUGACAGUUGGAGGAGCCCGUGGCCACCUUGGGAGGCCUGUCCCUGGAGGCUCUACACAGCAGUGGCCUCUCUGGUGAGGCAGCACCCUGGGGCUCUGAAAAGCAACUUCAUCCCAGCUGCUGAGGUGAAAUAUCAAACAGACUGUAUAUGUUGUGAAUGGGCUUUCAUAAAUUUAUUAUAUUUGAUAUUUUUUUACUUGAGCAAAGAACUAACAUUUUUUUUUCCCCAUGGGUGAAGGCAGCAAUUCCUGCUGCCUCUUCUCAACCCUGAACAAGAGUGUCUACGGAGCUGCCAGAACUCUGUCCUCAAAGCAAAAGUGGAAUCCAGUGCGGCUCCCGCAGGCCUUCUCUGCCCAGGGGAGGUUUGGAGUUCCCCUGCUGCUGGGCUGAGGUGCCAGGAAGGCCAAAGUCCCUCACCCACUCACGCAUGUGCACACACUCCCCACAUACACAGAGGCCGGACGCGGGCCACAGGUCGGGCCAAUGUCAGGCAGCCACCUGUAUCCCUGGCCCCAGGAAGAAAGGCCUUUCCUUCUGGCUCCAUGGAUGGGGUUCUUGUCAGUGGAGCACUCUCUGGCCUUUCAUUGUCCCCAAGGUCCCAUGCCCCAACUCCCUGCCUUUUUAUGCAGGUCACAAUGGGGUCAAUCCUACAAAAAUGAAAAGCUUCCAGAAGGGAGUGGCCUUGGUCCCAGAGCUGAACUUAGUCAGUGAUGCCCUUUCUUCCCUCCAGUAAGAGUAUUAAUGUUAAAGCCCAAGGGCACAGGGGAGCUAGCCAUUCAUGGCCGGCCCCACCGCUAGUCCCUCCUCCUGGAACCUAGCAGGCCCUGCCCAGUAGGCCAAGGGAAGAGAGGCCAAGUCAUACGGGUUUAGAGCUAGGUUUAACCGUGCCCAGAUGUGGGAGCCUCUCAGCCCAUGGGAAGAAAGGAACCUAUUGCCAUCUCCCAAGCUCUCCUCCCAGUCUUUCUCCUCUGACCAUGCGAGGAAGGGACUCCUGUGUGUGCCCCAGCUUGUCUCCAGGCAGAGUGGCAUGGAAGUGGAGAGGGUAGCUUGGCCCUGUACAGGGAAGGGACCUUUGGCCGGUCAGGCCUGGUUCUCUUGCACUAGAAGGAGUUAUUCCCCAUGAGCUCCUCUGGGAAAGGGAGCAUUGUGGCUCAGGGCCAGCUUCUCUGGCUCAGCCCAGGCACUGGGGGCACUCAUAUACAGGACCUCCUCCGGGGCAGGGUCCUGUGACCCUUGUGAGAAGGCUUUUUCAGGGAAAACUACCUUUACUAGUCCAAUCACCCCAGGACCUCUUCAGCUGCUGACAAUCCUAUUUAGCAUAUGCAAAUCUUUUAACGUUGGGAACUGUUGCCCUGGUGACAGGGUCAGCUGGCAGAGCCUGAGCAGGCAGGGGCACCCCCCACCACUGCCCGAUUCCAGCUCUCCAGCAGAGCCACCCCUCUGCCCGGGGGCAUCCAGCUCACAGGCCACCUCAGUCUCACCUGUACUCUGGGCUGGCUGCUCCUAACCUACCUCGCCGAGCUGUCGGAGGGCUGGAGGUUCCCAACGCUCAUGGCACACGCUCGUAGCGGUGCCGAAGGGGGCACUGCUGUCGAGUAAAGUAUUAUGUUUCUUCUCGUCACCCCAGCUCCCUUGGUGGCAGCCCCAGCCCCCACCCCAAACACCCCCAGAGACUUCUCCCAUUUUCCCUUUGAGUCCAGUGUGGGACUUGGUUUUAACUGUCCCCGUGACACUUCUCUGAGUGGAGAUUUAUUUUUGUAGCUCUCUGUGCUUUGCUCUCAAGGCUUGCAGAGGUGAAUGCCCCUCCCUGGCACUCACUGCCCGCUGCCCAUGCAGGAAUGUGGCUGGGCGGCAGGCUGGGCUGCCAGCCCAGCUGGCCGGAAAGAGACUGUGGUUUUUGUGUGUAUGGACAGCCCCGGGAGCCUGGCGACAGGUGUCCGGGGCUGGCUGCAGGCGCUGCGCCUGAGGGCAGGGACAAGGUAGACCUGACUUCGUAGCACAGCAUGGCUCUCAUUUUUUUCCCCCAGAACUACACAAUGACCAGCAGGAGGGAAGAAGAGAGUAGGAAAUAGGAGAGAGGGACACGCAUCAAGUGCCAGAUGUUGUCUGAACUAAUUGAGCACUUCUCACCAAACUUCGUGUAUAAAGAAAAUACAUAUUUUUAAAACAAACCAAUAAAUGGCUUACAUGA